UUUGCAGCUUUAAAAUCGUGCGGCUCAUGUCACGAUCACGUGGAGUCUGAUCGUGGAAUCUGGUGUGCCAGAACACCACGAUGUUUUUGUUUUAUGAUACUCUACUUUUAUUAUCAUCGUAGCACUCGACUAUUGUUAACCCAGUUAAUAUGAUUGUAUUACAGCGGAUAUUAUGAUUGCAAAAAUGCAGAUGUCGGUGCUCUCCACAUUGUUCCUCGUCUUUUUUUCUUCUUUAUACAUCGAUAGUGCAAGCAGUGCCGGAUUGGGCAAACGUGGACUGACGCCAGGAGCCGAUAAGUGCGCAACAAGUUGCGGCAAUGACGCUACGUGCGUUCGCGGAUGUGGAUUGUGGCGUUCAUCACUGAACAGUUCAUGUGAAACUUCCUGUAUGGACAUGUUUCCGCGUAGUCGGCAACGGAACAGCUCAGUGGUGAACUGUCGUCAAGGCUGCGACUACGCUCUCAACGGAUAUCUCCGUGACUUUCAGGGAUUGGUUGACAGUCUGUCAAUACCGUACCUGUAUCCCCCAUCGGAAUCAAAUACAAGUUUUACUCUGGACUUCGAAAAUUAUUCGCCACAAAUUGGUACUGGCCGCGCUCAGUACGCUGAAUGUGGGCAUAACUGCUCAAAUAAAACUUUGGAUUGGCGAUAUUUUGUUCCGGAUGUCAUUGUUAACUCUUCGACGUUCACUGUUACCGGUCUGUGGCCUUACACUUGGUACAAGUUUCGGGUUGUAUGGAUGCCAACAAUGCGAGAUUUUGUGUAUUCGAAGGAAAGCAGACCACUAAGGACACUGGAAUCAGGAGGCCCGUUCGAUCCACCGGUUAUUGUAUAUGCGGAAGCGCUGACCUUUUACCAGAUUAUGAUCAAAUGGGAACCGCCUAAGCGUUUUAAUGGGCCCGCUCACGGCUACCGUUUGAACUGGACCGACGCGAAGAAUCCUUAUUCACAUAAAUAUACGCACGUCAACGAAAGCGUUGCAUAUAAAAUUUUCGAAAAUCUUCGACCUGGGCGAACGUACCAUAUCCGAGUGGCAGCAGCCAAUAAAGAGGCAUGGGGACCAUAUGCCGAAGUGCACGUGGCCACGCCACCCUUACCACCGCAGAGACCCGGAAGUAAACAUGGAAAUGUUGUAACUGUGGAUCUGCUGUAUGGGCUACCAAAUGAACUGCGACUGCAUCGAAAGGAUGUGGAGCGGAAAUGGUUUGGCUUCAGCGAGCCCACCCUGUAUCCUUUUAACUGCUUGAAUACAAGUAUCACUUGUCCAGAUGCUACGGACGAAACAAGGAUUCAUGCCUUGGCGUUCGAUUCAAGAAGGAAUCUGACCUUCAUUUCUCAAGGAUUCGGCAACAUUGUUGCCGUUGAUUUGACGUACAGAACGAACAAAACAAUUUUCUCUAACGAGCGCUACAAUAUCACCUUACUCAGCUACGACUGGAUGAACCAGCAACUGUAUUUUGUCAGUUUCGGAGAAAUUUCCCGAUGUGAUGUGGCCGGUUUUUCCGACCCUACAAUGUGUAUCUCGCUCGGUUAUUGCCAUAACCGAUUACGGAAGAUCAUUGUUGAUCCUAUCAACGGAUUUGUUUUCGGAUUGGUUAAUCUUGAAAAUGCUCGUUCCGAAUUUUUUCGCCUUCCUCUUUCUCCAAACUCUGUGCCGGUUCGCAGUGCGGACCUUCUGCGUGAUGCGGAAAGGAUCUGGACACAGCCUCAGAACGUUGCAACCUUCACCGUUAUGUAUGAUAGCUGUAGUAUUUUAUUCCCGGACAGCAAUAAUGGUAAUCUUCGGCGUUUCUACUGCGACGGUAAAGACGCGAUAGAACAAGUGCGAGAGGAUUUUGCGGCGGACCGACUGAUUAGCUACAGUUACAAGAAAUUGUCGAAUAUGUUAUUUGCCGGGGGCGCCGUAUAUGGUUAUUCCGGGAAUUCCGUCCACAUGGAGGAAUAUAAUGUCCUGGAAGACAAAUUCCACAUGCAGUUUCUUCCGGUUGAUUCCAAUUUUAAUAUUACCGGAAUGGAAGCGUUCGGUAGAGACGGACAGCCAGAACCAUAUCCCGUUGGUGAGCCUUGCGGGCUGCAUUUCUUCGCCUCUUCCGGACGUUUGCACAUUACCUGGAAACCUCCGGCACCACUGGCCAUGCAGUCGCCAACUGCCUGGAAUCGUUGGACGUAUAGUUAUGAAUUUGCGGCUGCCAAUGAUUCCAAGAAUAUUUUGUCACGACUUACGAAUGACACCCAGGUUAUAAUGGAUGGACUUAUCCCAAACACGUCGUACAUCUUCCGAAUCCAGGCUUUAUCGCCUACUCGCAGUGGUCCAGUUUCUCCCAGCUACACUGUGCGCACAUACAGUGUUGACGGCCCGGAAUUCCUUGUGGUGAAUAGUUCAGCCUUGUUCACCAUGUCACUCGAGUCGAUGGGGAGUGAGAAUGUUAUCAAGAGCGCAACUGGAUUUGUCGAUGUGGACGAAGUAGUGUGGGCACCAGAUUUCGUGGCAGUGUACAAGAAAACACAGCUGAUUGUGAUCAAAGAUGGAACAAGCACUGGGAUGACAUUGAAAGAUGUGGGUAGUAUCGCUUAUGAUUGGAUCGGGCGGAAGUUUUACUGGAUGGACAAUUUGGAAAGAGCUAUCUUCCGCGCACAGUUUGGAGCGGAGCGGGAACGCGAAAAAGUCAUCCAGGAAGCCGGCAAACAGAUCCUGGUGGAUCCUCUCAGAGCUGCCGUGUACUGGUGCACCGACCUAGCAGUAGAGACUGUAAAGAUGAAUGGGCUGAAUCAACGACGUUUACUCCAGCUGGAUCCUUUGACAGCAGAUCAGAUCAUUACCAUUUCCAUUGAUCACCGAAAACGCACGCUGUAUGCAGUUGUACAAAAAGAUAACGGCUUGGAAAUUUUCGGAAUAUCAUUGUUAUGGCGAUCUGGAAGCGACCGGAUGGAGAAAGUUGUUGAUUUGCCGCUUUUCCCAUACACUCGUGGUUCACUAAUGGUUUAUGAAGAGCGUUUGAUCUCUGUUGGAGAGGACGGGAAUGUUAACGUUGUUGAUUUCCGCUCACAAAACGUUACACUGCAGUUCGAAAAAGCAAAUAUCAGACUUUUAACGAUUAUACCGCGAAUGGAGGAAGAGCUCAAAGGAUUAAAUCGGACGAUUUUCGAUUUCAAAGCCAUUCCUUCCCCGUUGGAUACCAGCCGUAUUCGAUGCGAAGAUGAAGGAGGCGAUCUCGUUGUUACCUGGACCCCAGCCACGGAUUACAAUUAUGGAAAUGUCCAGUAUGAUGUUAUUGUGACGAAUAGAGAAAACGUGGUAUAUAAUGACACUGUGACCAGUGUUGAGAGGGUUGUCAUACCCGGUACAGUUAUAUCCGCUCACCUGACGGUAGCGAUUCGCCCGGUCACGGAAUUUGGUUCGGCUAACUUUGCUAAGAAAACGUUUGGCCAUAUCGAUGUUCUGGCCGUCACAGCAGCAGCACCACUUUCUUCCAGUGUGAUCGCUGCCAUAACUGUUUGCGCUUGCGUUGUGGUGGUUAUCGUAACUGCUUUAUGUGUUGCUCGUAAAAAAGUGUGCUACAGCAUUAAGCGAUUUACUUCGCGCGUGGCGACACCAUCGGACCUCGAAACGAAUAAUCUGGAAUUGAGAUCAUUGUCUGCCUGUAAUUUCGUUUACGAUGGAAGCCAUUUGGAUGUUUCAAAUGUGCCACGUAUAGAUCGGAAUCGAAUAACGAAGAUCAAAGUCAUCGGUGCAGGCGCUUUCGGUGAAGUUUUUGUUGCAACUGGUGAAAAUAUGUUGGGUUCGUUACCGGGGAUUGUCACCGUGGCUGUUAAGACACUGCGUGAUAAGCCCGGGAAAAACAACCGGGAACAGUUUCUGAAGGAAGCUUCUGUUAUGAGCCAAAUCAACCACAAGCACAUUACCCGGUUUUUGGGUAUCUGCGUAGAAUAUGAACCGUACUACAUUGUUAUGGAAUACAUGGACAGUGGUAAUUUGCUGGAAUAUUUGAGAAGCCAUCGAAACGACACCGCGGAACCGUUGACAUUCGUGGACAAACUUGAAAUUUGUCGAGACAUAGCUGAAGGCUGUGCGUACUUGCAGGAAUGCAGGCUUGUGCACAGGGAUUUGGCUGCUCGCAAUUGUCUGGUCACCCAUGAAAACGGUGCGCGAGUUGUAAAGAUUGGAGAUUUUGGUUUGACCCGGGACAUCUACCAUAUGCAUUAUUACCGCGUUAACGCCCGCGGAUAUAUGCCGGUACGCUGGGCUGCACCAGAAUCCAUCAUGGAUGGAAUCUUCACGACGGAAUCGGAUGUUUGGUCAUAUGGUGUCGUUAUGUGGGAAGUGAUCACUCUGGGUCAGAUACCUUAUUUGCAUCAUACUCAGCAAGAGGUGGUGGAACUGAUCAAAAGUGGAACCAAUCCACUGCACGUGUCCGGGCCCAUUGGAGCACCGCCAUCCAUCACCAACUUGUUGUACCAGUGCUGGAAGCGCGAUCCUCGCCAACGUCCAACAUUUCGCUCUUGUUUGCAUGUUGUGCGCAGCUUAUUGGAGGACAAUGGUUCCGGAGAUGAUGCCGCAGACGAUGAUGCGUCGGCCCCUGAAGGUGCCGCGGCAUUAUGUCUAAGGGGAUAUAGUCCAUCCAAUCUCAAAAGCGAAUCUUUCCCGAACCUGUAUCGCUCAGAACAUUCCCGUAACGUCCAUCGCAGUAGUAUUAGCAGUCCUGACUGCCUGGAUCGCCAAUCCGCUAGAAGUGAUGAUUCGGGUGUGGCCGUGACAAUUCCGAAAUCGCCGAAUACGGUCCCCGUCGUCCACUUGACCGCCCCGGUUGAGGCGCGUCCUGCACCGCCGGAUGACCAUCUGGGCUACGUGACGGUGAGUCCUAAUGCCCGGCUGCCGCCAUAUUUGACUGUUUUGUAUACUCUGGAAGAAAAUUCUCGUGCGCCUGCUCCGAUUCCGAGCGUUGUUCCGCCCGCCGAAAUUGCGUCUCCAAGUUUUUCUGCACAAACUUUGAUCGCGGCGCAGCCCCUGUCGUUUGCUAACCAUUCGUAUAUGAAUACGUUGUGCAAUAAUGGUGCGCGCGCACCGGCAGUGAUCCGGCCGAGUGAUCAAUCCGUUGACCACAUUUUCCGGAUUUGAUGGGAUGUUGUUUAUCGUGUUGUUAGACACUUACGUACCGUUGUGAACUUGUGAUAAGCCAAAGAAUUUUUGCGAUCUGAGUUUUCUAUGUUAGAUUGUAAUUUUUGGGUUUUUUUGGGAUUGUAAUAUAGUCAACAACUGUAACAGUGUGGUUCGCAUACUGUGGACUGUUGUUGCGUUAUAGUCUGUGGAUUACAUUUUCUGAAUUCUGUUUUUUGUUUGGAUAUAUAAAUCGAUGCACUGUUGUGGUUUACUUUUGCGUUUUAUUGCUUCAUGUUAUUGCUUUUCUGUAUGAUAGAAUGCUUUUUGCCAGAUGUUUUGCGUUCAUGAAAGGGUGUUGUUUCCUAUUUCUGUAUACUACAAG